GUGAGUACACCGGGUGACAUUGGACAAGUAGUAGAUUUUUUAGUUAGUACACCGGGCGACAUCCGACAAGUAACGGGUUUUUUCGGAUGCAUGCUCCACACCGGGCCCCCGCUCUAAUCGCUGCUGGCCUGUUCGUUGUGCAUGGAAGAUGGCGGUUUCCAUACGGCCGGGAGCUGUCGUCUUUCUUGAUUCUACGUGACUAAGACGAGGAGGCAACGGUGGUCAUGGGUCUUUCCUCUGGUAUCUAUAUCCCGUGUCUUUUCUCUGGUAUCUGUUUCCUCGGGUCUUUCUCUGGUUAUCUCGUGACUUUUCUCUGGUAUGGCGUCGUGUCUCUUCUCUGGUAUUACCUCGUGUCUUUUCUCUGGUAUCUAUUACCUCGUGUUUAUUGCUUCGUAUAUACCGAAUGAGCCCCCCGGGGCCUGUCCGACUCCAGGCCCGGGCGACGCCCGCCGGCGCCCCACCGGGGCCACAGCACGCGGCCUAGAUCUUGCCCAACCUCCUUUUCAAGGACCUCUGCAAGCGUCUCCUCUUUCUCAACUUGUGCUUCUUCAUCUUGAGUCUUCUCUUGCGCAAGACCGAGUCCAUGUGGAUUGUGUGGUCGGGCCCGUCCUCGGCAAGCGGGCGGGCCGGUCCCUGUGUCGGCACGGGGUCCGCCAACGGGGCCCAGCCGGGAUAUCUGAUCCACGGCUCGUGCAAAGCCUUGAGCUUGGAGAAAGAAGAGAACACGGCCGGGGCCAUGCGGGGCGCCGGCGCCAAGAGGCUGGUUUUCUGCGGCACCGUGGCAAGCAGCCGCGCCACCGUCACGGAGAGCCUCUGGAAAAGACCGGUUCUAAACAUGUGGAGUUUGUCCAGCCAGGUCUGGUCCGAGCACAGCGUUUUUUUUUUCUCACUUCAGUCUACGGGUGCGCGGCCUCUCAUACAGUCUGGGCACGCUGGGUAUGGAGGCCUUUCAUUACCAGCGUUGUCAGUUCACGAGUUGUCAAUUCACGAGUUGUCAAUUCCAGUAUGUGCGGGACUUGGGGCCCCGGAAUUCUCCAAACGAACAGGAACAAACCUCUCUUCACAGGCAGGGUUUUCCCUCGCCACGUGAGAGGUGACUACAUGGCGGAGAUCAUGUGACCAGGCCCGGCACGCUGGCUAGAGUGCGGGCAGGCGGCUCCUACUUCCACGGGCCAGGGUUUGCUUUGGGGCUGCUGGUUUACGUCUAUGUCCGGGCGUCCCUCGGCCCCAGGCGCGCUGGCUCCGUGAAAUAAAUAAACAU